CCGUUUCCGGUGGUGUUGGGGAACCGGCUGGCCUGAGACGUGUAACUGGGAGGCGGGCCGGAGUCAUGGCUGAGAAGAAGCCCAGUGGAGGCAGCGGUUCCUCCGCCGGCACCAACUUACUUUUUUCUUCGACUUCCGAUUUCAAUUUCAAUGUGCCCUUCAUCCCAGUCAGCCAAGCCCCCACCUCCACGGGCUCAUUGCUUCUCCUUGGAGAAGAUUCUACAGAUGUUGGUGAGGAAGACAGUUUUCUUGGUCAGACUUUUGGUCAUACUACUUUGCCACAGACAUUUAAUUAUUUCUCUCAGGUAUCCACCAACAGUGAUCCUUUUGGGAAUAUUGGACAGAUACCACUAACAACUGCAGCAGCGCCUGUUGGAGUACCAACAUUGUCUAAGCCUCCAACUUCCCUUCCUCUUACAAUUGGAUCUCCAGAUGGUCCAAAUACAUUUUCACCACACAUUUCAAAGACACAGUCUGCUUGUAGUGUUGCACCUCCAACCAGUGCUUACCAGUCUUCUUCACAUGGUAGUCUCCCACCUACAAACUUUGCAAGUCCCCAUGGAACACCGCAACAAGGAUAUAAUCCAUAUCGUCAUAACCCUACCAGCAGCAGAGCUAAUCCUUAUAUUGCUCCACCACAGUUGCAGCAAUGUCAAGCUCCAAAUCAUCCUCCCCAUUCAUCAACCUCUGGACCACCUCUUCAGAUGUAUCAAAGUCCUCCUGGAACAAUGCCACCGAUCCCUCCAGCAGGACAGACAGUCUUGUCAUCCCCAGGCCAGCAGCAACUUAUGGCUAGACCUGCAGCUCCUGUGAUUCAAGCACCACCUCUUUUCCUUCAAAAUCCGUAUGAGGCUGUUCAGCCACAUUGGUUUUAUUGCAAGGAAGUAGAACACAAACAAAUAUGGAUGCCAUUUAGUAUGUUUGAUUCUAUACAUCUUGAAGAGGUCUAUAAUUCAGUUCAGCCUGAUCCAGAGAAUGUUGUUUUAAGCACGGAUGGUGGACGUUAUGAUGUUUACCUCUAUGACAGAUUGAGAAAAGCUGUAUAUUGGGAAGAAGAACAGACUGAAGUUAGACGUUGUACUUGGUUUUAUAAGGGGGAUACAGACAGUCGGUAUAUUCCCUAUACAGAGGAAUUCAGUGAAAAACUAGAGGCAGAAUACAAAAAAGCUGUAACCACCAAUCAGUGGCAUCGUAAACUUGAGUUUCCCAGCGGAGAAACAAUUGUUAUACAUAACCCAAAGGUUAUAGUUCAGUUUCAGCCUUCCUCUGUGCAAGAUGAAUGGGGGGCCACACAAGAUGGACAAACAAGACCUAGAGUUGUAAAACGUGGUAUUGAUGAUCAUGAUGAAAUUCCUGAUGGUGAGAUGCCUCAGGUUGACCAUUUAGUAUUUAUGGUGCAUGGCAUUGGUCCUGUUUGUGAUUUACGUUUUAGAAGCAUUAUUGAGUGUGUUGAUGAUUUCAGAAUGGUUUCUCUAAAAUUGCUGCAGACACAUUUUAAGAAAUCUUUAGAUGACCAUAAAGUAAGCAGGGUGGAAUUUCUUCCAGUUCAUUGGCAUAGUUCCUUACAUGGUGAUGCUACGGGUGUUGACAGGAACAUUAAAAAAAUAACUUUACCAAGUAUUGGUCGUCUGCGACACUUUACCAAUGAAACUCUGCUAGACAUAUUAUUUUACAAUAGCCCUACCUACUGUCAGACUAUUGUGGAAAAAGUGGGAAUGGAAAUAAACCGUCUACAUGCACUUUUUAUCAGUCGGAACCCAGGUUUUAAAGGAGGGGUCUCUGUUGCUGGACAUAGCUUAGGAUCUUUGAUAUUAUUUGAUAUACUUUCUAAUCAGAAAGACUUGACUUCAAAACCAGUGCCUCUAACUACUGCUAAUGGAAUCAUGAAGCAUACAGCUCCCUUUGAAAAGCAGGCAUUAGAAGAUCCAAAGACACCAGUAGAUGAAUCUUGUGACCUUGAUGUUGAAAAUGAAGUCCUGACUUUGCAGGAAACCCUGGAAGCACUUAGCCUUUCUGAAUAUAUCAGCAUUUUUGAAAAGGAAAAAAUGGACAUGGAGUCUCUGCUUAUGUGUACAGUUGAUGACUUAAAGGAAAUGGGAAUACCUCUUGGCCCUAGGAAGAAAAUAGUCAACUUUGUAAAAGACAAGGCAACUAAACUGGAGCAGAAAAAAGAGGCGUCAGAUAAGAAAACCUUAAUGGCUAACUUAACAAGAAGUCAAGAAGAAGCUUCUCAAAAAGCAAAAGAAACAACUCCUCUGUCUUCAGAGGCUGAUCCAUCAAAGAGAAAACUCCCAGUUGGGCCUUUUGUGUCAUCUGUGCAUGUAGAUUAUGACUCUUUUGACAUUGGAACAGGACAGGUUUCUGUGGUUUACAACUCAUUAGACUUUGAACCAGAGAUUUUCUUUGCCUUGGGAUCACCAAUUGGUGUCUUUCUCACUGUACGGGGAGUGGAUAGGAUAGAUGAGAAUUACAGGCUUCCUACCUGCAAAGGAUUCUUCAAUAUUUACCAUCCACUCGAUCCUGUGGCAUAUAGAUUAGAACCUAUGAUAAUUCCAGAUUUGGAUAUAAAACCAGUUCUCAUUCCACAUCACAAAGGCAGAAAAAGACUUCACCUAGAGCUGAAAGAAAGCCUCACUCGGAUGGGAUCUGAUUUGAAACAAGGUGUUAUAAGCUCUUUGAAAAGUGCCUGGCAGAUAUUAAAUGAGUUUGCACGUGCUCACACCUCUUCUACUCAGUUACAAGAAGAAUUGGAGAAAGUGGCUAGUCAAAUUGAAGAAGAAGAAAAACAAGUAGUAGAAGCAGAAAAGAUUGUUGAAAGUCCAGAUUUUUCCAAGGAUGAGGACUUCUUAGGAAAGGUUGGAAUGCUAAAUGGAGGUCGCCGUAUUGACUACGUUCUACAAGAAAAGCCAAUAGAAAGUUUUAAUGAAUAUCUUUUCGCUCUUCAGAGUCACUUAUGUUACUGGGAAUCUGAAGAUACUGCUCUGUUACUACUUAAAGAAAUUUAUCGAACAAUGAACAUCAGCCCUGAACAGCCCCACUACUGAUGAAACUACAGUUCCGAAAUGUUCCUUGUGGUGCUGAGAAAAUUCUAAAAAGAAUCCCUACAAUUUACCCUGGUGAAGGAUAAUAGGAAAUUAUUUCAUCAGUUGUUCAUUUUACAAGUCUGAGAUACAAGAUUUUGUUCAAAAAUACAAACAAGACACAAUAAAACAAAAACCAGCACCAUUUAUACUACAUUUCACAAAAUGCAAUUGGGAAAAUACAUAUGUAUAUUAUAACAAAUGAUGCAGUUUUAAUUUUCUCAAAUCGUUUUAGUUGUACAGUUGUCAAAUUGAUGUGAUCAAUGAGCCUGGAUAUCCUUCUGGAUAUUGUAGCAUGCAGACUGUUAUUUCUAAUCCCUAGCAAACUACUGAGAGGAUUGAUAAAGUUGUAUUUUUUUUCUUUUUAUCAAGGCAGGAUGUCCUUUUAACUAAAAUAAGGACUUCUUGAGAAACUAGAAAUAUUUUUUCCUGAAUAAUUCAUAUUCCACUUAAAAUGUGAAUUUUAGUUUUGAGCUGCUUAAAUGCAGGGUCAUUUGUAUUUGCUAAAAGUAAGCAACAAAAUUCAUUUAUAGUCUAAGAAGGAAAGCUGGCCUUGUGAUGCUCUUUUGUUGUUGUAGAGCAGAGAUAGAUACCUAUGGAGGUAAAUGCUCUUGUAAAAAAGUAUGAGAGCUGCAAAGCAUUUGUAUUUUUACUGUAAAGAUGAAUGGAGGCCAGGGACAGAAAAUGAGAACAUUUUUCCAUUUUGUUAUCUUAAAGAGUUGAUGCUGUAAUCUGGAUGCUGAUUCCAAAUAAUGUGAAAAACCAAAGUGGGUUUUGGCCAGAUAAUAGUUUCAUUUUUUACCAAAGUGUAUUGUAAAGUAUGACAUGUAUCACUUCUAAGAUAUAAAGCUAAUAAACUAUGAAGGUUAGCUCUUUAAUAUUUCUUUCAGUUUUACAUUUUUAAUUCAAAUUAUCUAAAUAUUUUCCUAAAGCUAACUUUUCUUUUGUUAUGCAGUAGAAGCAUUUUUGCACUAUUUACAUAACAUAAAAAUUUACAUAACAUGGUGAUUUUUGGGGGGGGUGGGUGGGAAGGAAUUGAUGUAUGAUACACGUUUUGUGUAUGUAUAUAUUCUGAUUAGAGUGAAUAAAAUAGUAAUAUCUGCAUUUUUACAGCAGACUUAAGUAUUUCUGUUUUUAUUUGGUGACUUUUCAGUAUAUAAUUAGUUUCAGUGAUAAUAUUAUGAAAGUAUAUUAGCAUAUGUAUGAAUAUAGCAUGUUCAGACACAGGUAAUAGAAUUUUCAAAUUGGAAGGGAUUUUAGAAAUCACAAAGCUAAAGGUUUUUCAGACUACUGAGGCAAAGAGAAGUAAAAUAACUUAUGAAAUCACUUGAUUGGUUAGAGCUGGAAUUGCAUCAGCUGCUGUUUCUAUCUUUCAGGCCAGUGUUAUAUCUUACACUUGUAAGGAACCUGAAAGAUCCUCUGUAAAGGUUAUUAUCUCUGAACAGGAAUUUUGCUACACAGCCAUCAGUUGGCUCUGCUCAGAUUUUGAGUGACGGAGAACUUAACUUUCACAAAAUAGCUGAUUCUCCUUUCUGAUAGCUAGGAAGUUUUUUCUUUCUGCUUAAAUUUAUGUCAGUUACUUGUACCUAUGUAGAGUAAAUUGAAUCCUUUUUUUCCCCCCAAAUUAGCCACGAUAUUUUUAUUAGUUGGGUACUUUUAUUACAAGGGGAGAUCUUGACCACACACACAUAAGCAGACAGCUGUGUUCUCUAAUUAUGUGGAAUGUCAUUAAUCAAUUUUUAGUCUCACAGCUUGGUGGAGAAGACACAGGAUCAGUUGAGGAUGGUAUGGUUGGAAGACAAAUCGGGAUGAAGAUGAGGAGGGUGGUACAAUACUAGGGCAAUAACAUGCAAAGUAGUGUAUUGAUAACUAUGUACAACGGCCCAAGUUUUAAUUUUAACAUUUUAAGCUCUUUCCAUUGUUCUGUCUAGAAAUGAUAUUCUUUUCUAUGAAACCUAUUUUUUUCCUAGUUUCUUCAGAUUAGUUACAUUGAAUGUACUUGCAGGCUUUUGCAGUAAUGUCAGAAUCUAUAGAAGCACAACAAAAUAAGACAAGUUUAGGAGCCUGAUUCCACAUACUCAUUGCUCCUAAUCUUGUUGUCUUGACUCAAACAGAAGUGUGAUCUUCUUGUGGUCGUCUACCAAAUAUUUGAAGUGAGCAAUAAUGUCCAGUUGCCUCCAUGUCUUUCCAAAGCUAAACACUCCUGGUUCUUUCAGUUGAGCUUCUGAAAUUGUAACCUCAAAGCCUUUCUUCAUUCUGGGUGCCAUUUUAAUGUUCUCAGAUGUCCAAAGUGAACACAUUCUUCUGGAUAGUGUCUGACUUGAAAGGAGUACAGAGGGAGGACUUCUCAUUACACUGGUGAAUGAAUCUUAUAUUUCUUUUCUAAAAGUGACCAAAAACUCCCCAAACAUUAGAAAAGAUCCAGGAGAGACCUUUGGGUGUCCCAACCUUUAGGAUUAGUUUUGUUAACACUGUCUCCCUAUAGAACAGCAUUUCCUGAUAAGUUGGAAAGUCAAAAACUUAGUUGAGGCAGAGAAAAAUCCAAACCUCUGUCAAGAAAGUUGAUAAGAAGAAGAAAGGAAGUAUAAACUUGUAUCUCAGACUUGUGAACACUUAGGAGGCUCUUUCCACAGGGUUGAAAUCUGGAUUUGGAGAGGAAGAAGUUGCAGCAGGGGAUGUUACUGACUGACUGAUGGUGGUUGGCUUCCUUCACUAAAUGUACUAAAGAAAUUGAGACUAGAUUAAAAGGAUGCCAGGAAUAGUUUGCUGAGUGCCCUGGACUUCAAGAGAGUAGAUUUCAAAGAAUUAUGACAAAAUAUAGGUAUAAUCCUGGAGUUUCAAGAUGCAAAGGUAACUCUUCUCAACAGGUAUGGGAAUGUUCCACAGGUAUUACAAGUGAUCUUGUAAAGGAGGUAGCUACAUGGAAGUCAGUCAUGAUUUUAAAAGGAAGAGGACAUGUGACAUUAAAUACAAAGAAUGGAAAGCCUGGGGACAUCAGAAAAUAGAACUGAUUAUUUUGUUCUCUUCAGAGAUAAAAGCCCACAUGUACAAACUCAAAAGCCUGGUUAGCAUUUAAACUUUUUGUGUGUACUACACAAGUUGAAUAACAUUUCUCAGGUUUCAUCUUGAGUUUUUUUUUUUUUUAAUUAAAUACAUUGAUAAGAGAUCGACUGAUUUAUUGAUGUUCUUUUUAAAAUGUCAUUACUACCUACUCACCAAUUUUCCUUCUCUGCCAUUGAGUUAAAGUCCUUCAUUUUAACAAAUGUUUAUAGUCAGGCAGAACAAAUAAAUGCUAAAUUUUAAAACCAUA